CUCCCUCUCUCUCUUCCACUCUCCUUGACGAAAGAUCCAGCUGCUGAUCUCCAUAUCACUCCUAUUGGGCUGAUAAGGGAAACUCUGCGGAGUGUGACGGUUUUAACUCCAGAUGGCCAUAUCUCAUAAUGACCAGCUUUCUCAGAUCGAAACAACCUGUGGAUCUCUUCUAUAUGAGCUUCAAAUUAUAUGGGACGAAGUUGGAGAAUCCGACUCUGAUAGAGACAAAUUGAUUCUUGAACUAGAACAAGAGUGCUUGGAGCUAUAUAGAAGAAAGGUUGAUCAAGCAAACCAUUCGAGGGCCUAUUUGCGUCAAGAGAUAGCUGAUGUGGAAGCUAAGCUUGCUGCAAUUUGUUCUGCAUUGGGUGAGAGACCAGUUCUUCUCAAGUCCAAUCAAAAUGCAUUAAGUUUGAAGGAAGAGUUGAAGGCUAUCACACCGCAAUUAGAAGAGAUGCGAAAGAGGAAGAAUGAGAGAUUGAGUCAGUUCCUUCAAAUCAUGGAGCAAAUAAGGAAAAUCUCAAGUGAAAUUUGGCCUAAUGGGCAAUCUCAACACGAAAUGAUUGUUGAUGAAUCUGAUCUAUCCACAAGAAAGCUUGAAGAAUUUCAGAGACAGUUAGAGGCUCUAAUAAAGGAGAAGGCUGAUCGGCUGAAGCUUGUAUUGGAACGUUUAAGUACCUUAAAUUCAUUAUGCUUAGUUCUUGGUAUAGAUUUCGAGCAGACCAUUAUAGAUGUGCACCCGUGCUUGGAUGAUGAUGAAGGGCCAAAAAAUGUUAGCGACGAGAUGAUUGAAAAGCUGGCUUCUCUCAUACAAAACCUGAGGGAAGUUAAGUUACAAAGAAUGCAAAAGCUUCAAGAUCUUGCAGCCAAUAUGUUGGAGCUUUGGAAUCUAAUGGACACGCCAUUGGAAGAGCAACAAUUAUUUCAGAAUAUAACAUGCAAUGUUGCUGCUUCAGAACAUGAAAUUACAGAACCGAACACUCUCUCAGCUGACUUUCUCAACUAUGUAGAGGAAGAAGUUGUUAGACUUGAAAAUCUUAAAGGAAGCAAGAUGAAAGAGCUUGUUUUGAGGAAGAAGGCUGAACUAGACGAGCUGCGACGUAGAACUCAUUUGAUCGAAGAAGGUGAAAAGGAGGUGGAAAUCUCGGUUGAAGUCAUUGAAUCUGGUGCUGUUGACCUUUCUUUAAUCCUGGAGCGGAUUGAAGCCCGGAUUUCAUGUGUCAAGGAGGAAGCUUUUAGCAGGAAAGAAAUACUUGAGAAGGUUGAGAAAUGGAUGGCUGCUUGUGAGGAAGAGGCCUGGCUAGAAGAGUAUAACAGGGAUGAAAACCGUUAUAGUGCUGGUAGGGGAGCCCAUAUCGCAUUAAAACAUGCUGAAAAAGCUCGAGCAACAACGCAAAGGAUUCCAGGAAUUCUGGAGGCUUUAUGCAGCAAAAUCAUAGCAUGGGAGGAAGAAAGAGGAGCAGAAUUUACAUAUGAUGGUGUUCGCCUUUUGUCAAUGCUAGAAGAGUAUUCUUUCGUCCGACAUCAAAAAGAGCAAGAACAAAAGCGGCAGAGAGAUCAGAAAAAGCUGCAGAGCCAGUUUCUAGCUGAGCAGGAAGCAAUUUUUGGAUCGAAACCGAGUCCCUCGAAGCCGCAGGGCUCGAAAAAAAUUCCUAGAAGAACCUCUUCAGGAUUUACAAGCCGAAGAUUGUCCUUAGGAGCAGCAGCGAUGCAACUAAUGAAACCUGAUUUUCCUUGCAUUAAAGCAACAACCUCAACAAAGAGAGGAAAUGAGUUGACUUUUGUUUCUCCUGCCAAGAAAGGAGUAUUGGAGGCAGGGAUUCCAGCAAGGUUCUCUUCUUCUAAUUCAGAUAACAUGAAUUCCUUCCAAUCCAAUCCGCCUCGAAAGUCUUUCGGCGUCAUGAACACAAGCGCUCAGCAUUCUGAAACACCCAGGAAGCCAUUUGCGCUCCUUGGUCCAGCCAAUGUUGUACCAUUAACUCCUUCCCAGGAAGAAGAAAAUCAACUGAUCUCAAUAGCUCCAGGAACAGUGCUGAAGCCCAUGGAGAUCGUCGCCACCCCAGCAACCUUUCUAAGAGUUUUGGAUGAGAAGGAAUACUCCUUUGAAGAAAGAAGAGUUGCAGUUUACCAGAGAAGAUAGAGAGGAAGGAGACGAAAGCUGCUCUGUUCUUCAGUUUAUCAGAGAAGAUGAGGAUGUGUUCUGUUCUUCAGUUUGAAUUUGAAUUUUAUGUGGCUUUUAUAUGGAGUUACCGUUAGCUCCUUUCAAUGCAAUCUCAUCAGAUUAGUUUAAUUUAGGCUGUGAUAGGUGAAUAAUAGGGUCGGCAUAUGAUGAUUCAAUUUGUAGUCCAUGCCAGGCUGAUAAUGUGCUAUUCGAGUGAGGCUCAAGCUCGGGACAUCAGGGGACUUAUGACGCCAUUGCCAAUCAAAGUGCCAACUAGUUCGCACAUAUGAUGGCUCGGUUUUGCUUGGGAUGGACUUAAAAAUUGGAUUUUUUUGCUUUUUUUAUUAUAUUUAUAUGAUAUGAAAUAUGUGAUUUUGAUU